AUGCCGUAUUGCGACGUCGGAACGCAGCCAUCCUCCCCCGUCGCCGACGCGCAACUCAACAAUGACAUCAAAAUAUUCUACAGAACUUACGGUGGCGGUCCAACCAAAAUUGAGCGGUCAGGAUUGGCCUCGACGCACGACGGAUGGGGCCCACAAAUCAGGGGCCUGACAGGAACCACCCUCCCCAACGAGGACGACGACGUUGUUUGUAGCGGAAGGGAAGGCAAUGGCGGCUUCCAUGUUUGCGCGUUUGACAAUCGCGGGGUGGGUCGGAGCUCCGUGCCCGUCGCAAAAUCUCAAUACUCGUGA